AUGGAUUCUACUCAUCAGAAUGGAUCUGCGCCGACCCACGGAAUGGUGAAACAAUUUCUCACAGCUCGCCUUCAGAGCCUGAAACCGACGAAUGAGGGCGCCUCUCCAUUCGCCCUUCUUGCUAAAUUAUCGACUCGACAAUGGCAGUACCUUUUUGUGAGCUUUCUAGCCUGGACAUGGGACGCCUUCGACUUCUAUUCAAUCUCGACCGUGAUCCCCCAACUGACGACAUAUGGAAGAAAAUGGCCAUUCGUGAUCAAUUGCCUCCUGCUCAGCAUCCUGGAACUAUGUCUUGCGUUUUGUAAGACAUACACACCAUUCAUCGUUUGUCGUGCCCUGUUUGGACUCGCAAUGGGGGGGUAUGAUUGUCCUGAGCCUGCUAGAGGAUUGGUUGCGGGUUGCUAUCAGGCAGGAUAUCCUAUGGGCUUCUUAUUUGCAACGGCUUUAUGGAGAGCGUUUGACCAGCAGCAAGAAGGGGACUGGAAACAUCUCUUCUACUUUGCCGCUUGUCCUCCGCUCCUGCUUAUUGCGUUUCGAAUCUACCUUCCAGAGACGAAUUUCUUCGAACACAGGAUCAGACCACGGAAUAACGGGGGAAAUAUUUUCGGCUUCAUGGUUGCUGUUAAUGAGGCGAUAAAGAGGCAUUGGAAGCGAAUCAUUUACCUCAUUGCUUUCAUGUUUGGAUGCACUUUCCUUUCGCAUGGCAGCGAAGACGUGUUUCCUCUAAUGCUCACCAGUCAGUAUGGCUACUCAGCAAACGAGGUUACAGCGACUCAGAGUGUAGCGUAUAUUGGAGCUGUGAUCGGCUCGCUAGUCGUAGGCUUUGGCAGUCAGAUUAUCGGUCGACGUUUCUCCAUCAUCGUUGCUUGUAUAGCGGGCGCUAUGUUGAUCUAUCCGUACUGCUUCGUUUCCGGUCCGGGUCUCUAUCCAGUUGUGUUUCUUGUACAAUUCAUCAUCCAGGGAAUCUUCGGCAUCGUUUCCAUGCAUCUCAUCGAACUUUCUCCUCCGGCAUUUAGGACUUUUGUUGUUGGUACUUCGUAUAAUCUUGGGGUUUUGUUAGCUUCGUGGGUUCCGGUCGUCGAGACGUUUGUUGGUGAGAAGAGGAAAGACACAAAUGAGAGUGCGACUAGAGGCUAUCAGUAUAGCACUGUGAUGGCUGCUUUGCUGAGUUGUGCGUUUCUGUAUACUAUCAUUGUCACUUUUCUCGGGCCCGAGAACAGAGAUGCUGAGGACGAUGAAGAUUCGGGACGUGAUGGAGUUAGUAUACAUUUCAUGGUGGAAGAAGCAUCUUGA